AUGCCUGUUGUGGUGAGCUCUCUACCUAGUCUCACACGACUAGGACUUGGCCAAAACAAUUUCAGAGGAUCGAUACCAGCCUCAAUCGGAAAUCUCUCUGCGCUGUCUAUGCUUUCUUUGGCGACCAACAAGCUAAUUGGAAGCAUUCCUUUCGAACUUGGACGACCUUUCAAAUUACAAUUUCUUCAGCUGUCUUUUAACAACUUGACUGGUAUGGUUCCUACCCAGCUUUACAACAUGUCAUCACUCAGAUUUGUUUCUCUAGCCGCGAACCAAUUGCAUGGAAGCCUUGCCCCAGAUUUCGGUUUGGCUCUUCCAAAGCUACAAGAGGUUUAUACUGGUUCUAACCAUUUCCAUGGGCCUAUUCCCUCGUCGAUAGGCAAUGCUUCUAGACUUUUCAGAAUCGAUAUUGCAUUGAAUUCAAUUAACGGGCCGAUACCAAAAAGUCUGGGAGACCUUAAUAAUCUUGAAUUUUUCGCAGCACCUGAAAAUCUACUUGAAACUAAUAGCGGGAAUGAAUUGACUAAUAUUAUCAAUAAGCUUUCCAGCUAUAACUAUAUAUCUGGAAGCAUACCUGUUGGGAUUAGGAGCCUUAUGAACUUACAGAUUUUCUCAGUACGUGAGAACAUGCUUAGCGGCAGUAUUCCUGAAUCUAUUGAGGAAAGGAUACCUGAUUCCUUGGGAAAUUGCAACCGUCUUCUAGGACUUGAUCUCUCGUUCAAUAAACUCACCGGAACGAUAACUGGACAAAUCUUCUGGCGUUCAUCUCUAUCUAUUGGUCUCUUCCUAGAUGGUAAUCAACUAACAGGACCGAUGCCAACGCAAAUCGGUAACUUGAGAAAUCUCGGAAAGCUGGACUUAUCAGAAAACAAAUUAUCAGGAGGAAUUCCAGAAACUCUUGGCAGUUUCCAAGUGUUGAAAUUCCUUUCGCUUGCGGGAAAUCAUUUUGAAAGUAAUAUUCCCAAAUCCCUCAAUCAACUGAAAGGUAUUCAAUUCAUAGAUCUGUCUCGCAAUAACUUGUCCGGACAAAUUCCCGAGUUUUUAGGAGAGUUGACUUCACUUCAAAGUCUCAACCUGUCAUACAACACGUUCGAAGGUGAAGUUCCAAACGAUGGAUUGUUCAAGAAUAUUAGUGCCUUUUCAGUAGUAGGAAAUAGCAAGCUGUGCGGAGGAGUUGAAGAACUACAACUUCCUGCAUGUCUAGCAAAAGUAUUCCAGAAAAAGAAAGGACCUCUCAACAAUAAAGUCAUAAUACCUGUAAUCACCAUGUCAUUUAUUGUUAUGAUCCUACUCUGCAUCGCAACUAUUAUUUUUCGAAUCAGAAGGUCAAGAAGAGAAAUUUCUUCGGCCUUACCUUUCCAAAGGGAGUACCCGAAACUCUCCUAUGCAGAACUUCACCAAGCAACAAAAGGAUUCUCUUUCGACAACUUGAUAGGUGAGGGGAAAUAUGGUUCUGUUUUCAAAGGGAUUCUCAACUCUACUGGGCAAACAAUUGCUGUGAAGGUAUUGAAACUUCAAGAACGUGGAGGGAAUAGGAGUUUCCAAGCAGAAUGUGAAGCGCUCAAGAACAUUCGCCAUCGCAACCUCGUCAAGAUAAUCACAUCUUGCUCAAGCACCGAUUUUAAGCGCAAUGAUUUCAAGGCUUUGGAUUUCGAAUUCAUGGAAAAUGGGAGCUUAGAUAACUGGUUAUACCCAGGAAGUCUUCAUGAGCAACAGAGAACUGCGAGCUUGAACCUCAUUCAACGUGUAAAUAUCGCCAUUGAUGUGGCCUCUGCAUUGGAUUAUCUUCACUAUCAUUGUGAAGUAGCUAUCAUUCACCGCAACUUAAAGCCAAGCAAUGUUCUUCUUGAUGCUGAUUUUUGUGCCCAUGUGAGUGACUUUGGUCUUGCAAAGAUUCUUGUACCAACCACAUGUAGAUCAAACAAUCAACCGCAAUCAAGUUCAAUAGGCGUUGGAGGAACAAUUGGAUAUGUUGCUCCAGAAUAUGGUAUGGGUGAAGAGAUAUCAACACAAGGUGAUAUGUAUAGCUAUGGAGUGUUACUACUGGAAAUGUUCAUGGGAAAAAGACCAACUGAUUGCAUCUUCAAUGACAAUCUUAGCCUCUCUGGUUACACAAAAAUGUUUCUUCCGAACAAGUUAUUAGAGAUUGUUGAUCCCCAGAUCAUGUUGGAAGAAGAAAAGCAUCCAAGUAGGAACAGAGACGUCCUUGCAGAACUGCACAAGAUUAGAAAUGUAUUCCUCGGGGCGAGGAAACAAGGGUGGAAACAUGGUAGUGUGAAUGAUGCUUAA